AUGGUUCUACCGCGCCGCGCCUGCACGCACCCCGGUGGCUGCGACAAGGUCGACGCGGGCGGCGGUCUCUGCGUGGGUCAUGGCGGCGGCAAGAAGUGUCGCCACGAAGGCUGCACCAACGGCUACCAGCGAGGCGGCUACUGCCGCAAGCACGGCGGCGGCUCGCGCUGCACCGUGCCCGAGUGCCACAAAGUGGACGCCGGUGGCGGUCUCUGCCGCGGUCACGGCGGCGGCAAGCGCUGCACUGAGCCCAAUUGUCAAAAGGCUGACGUCGGUGGUGGCUUUUGUACGAUGCACGGCGGCGGUAAGCGCUGUAGUCAUGCCGGCUGCGAGAAAAACUCACAGGGCGGCGGCUACUGCCGCGCUCACGGCGGUGGCAAGCGCUGCACCGAGCCCGACUGCACCAAGAUGGGCCGUGGCGCGAACGGCAAGUGCCCCGACCACGGCGGUCCGGCCAUGUGCCGCGCCCCCAACUGCCGCCGCAUUGCCCGCGGUCGCGACGGCUUUUGCAUGGAGCAUCAAAGCGAGACCGUGGCGCCUUCCAGUGACCAGUCGCUGACACCGCAUCUACACCCCGAGACGGCGUCGUUCGCGCGAGUGACGCACUUGGAGACCAUUUUGUUUGCGCCGGCGCUGCCCAAGGUCUCAAUGACGACGACGACGAAUACCUCGGCGUCGUCGUAUAUUUAUCGCCGCAUGCUGCUGCAAAUCCCGCACCACACCAGCAUCUGGCGCGACGAGGUGUGCCUCGCCCUGCUGCGCAGCCUCCCGAGUGUCCGCAGUGCGCAUGUCCUCGGCUUCCGCUACGGCGUCUCGCGCCACAACUCGAGCGCAUGCUUCAUUCUACGUGGAUCCAUGACGUCGGUCGAUGUCCAUAGCCUUCUCGCGCCCCUCCAGUGCCCGUUCGUCGUGUUGGAAGAAGGGCUCAUUGACGAUGUCAUACUAACGCUUGAAUGGACCUUCCAUGUCGACGGCAUGAUGUGCAUGGGCAACUGCGGUACGACGGUCCUCAACGCCGUGCGUGCCAUGCCGCACGUCCAGCGCGCCGACAUUGAUUUCGAGAAGCGACACCUCAUCGUCCACAGCAUCGACGGCAACACGAGCUCGUUUCUGCAGUGCAUCGAAGCGAUCGGGUUCUCGGCCUCGAAAAUCUCCAUGAUGCCAGUGCCGCCACGUGUCCGGUACGCGGUGGAGCUCACCCACGGCCAGUUGAUCACGUUUGGCCAAACCGGUGUCUUGCUCCAGUCGGUCUUGGAGCACAUUGAGGGCGUCGAGCAAAUCGUGCUGCUCCUCGAUCAAAACCCAAGCGAAGUCAUUCUCGUCGGCGUGUUCGACGCCAACGAAGUCGCGGUCGUAUCAACAACGUACGGCCUCAAGCUCACGCCGAUGCUUCAAGCCCGGCGCAGCUCGGUCGGCGACGACGACCACGUGUGUGACUUUGGCUGCGGGGAGAGCGGAUGUCCAAAAUACCGAACGACAAUGGCGCACACUGCUGCGCUCGCCGUUGGGUGGUCCGUGCCUGGCUGCGGUAUGACGUUUGGCCGCGAGUGCACCUGCGGCGACGCCUGUCGGUGCGCCGGAUGCCCAAAACACAACCCGGGCACCGGAACGUUAGGCGCCCCAGCGAUGCUAUAACUUUAGCAGCC